AUGGUUAGUGCAAAACCACAAUCCAGGGCCAUUAUGAUUUUGCUUGGCCUGCUGAUAAUAGCUACCCUUGAUUUCACAGGAGCUCAGACUGGGGUUUGCUAUGGAAGGCUGGGUAGCAGAUUGCCAUCUCCAGCAGAUGUUGUGGCCCUAUGCAAACAGAACAACAUCAGAAGAAUGCGAAUCUACGAUCCACAUCGGCCAACCCUUCAAGCCCUUGGAGGAUCAAACGUUGAGCUCAUACUGGGGGUCCCUAAUACUGAUCUUCAGAACAUUGCUGCUAGCCAAGCUAGUGCCAAUAAUUGGGUCCACAACAAUGUCAGAAACUAUCCUAAUGUCAGGUUCAGGUACAUUGCAGUUGGAAAUGAAGUCAGUCCGCUGAGAGACACAGCUCAGUACACAAGAUUUCUUCUCCCUGCCAUGCAAAACAUCUAUAAUGCAAUUUCUGCAGCAGGGCUAGGAAACCAGGUUAAAGUUUCCACUGCUGUUGAAACUGGACUAGUUGGACAGAGCUAUCCUCCAUCAGCUGGAAUAUUCAGACAAGAAGUUCGAUCAUUUAUCAAUCCCAUCGUUCAGUUCUUAGCAAGAAACCGUGCCCCUUUACUUGUUAACGUGUAUCCAUACUUUGCAUACACAGGCAAUCCCAGAGACAUUAGUCUUCAGUAUGCCCUUUUUACAUCUUCUGGCAUUGUUACACCAGAUGGUGUAAGGUACCAAAAUCUUUUCGAUGCUCUUGUGGAUGCUACAUACUCGGCACUUGAAAAGGCAGGAGGAUUAUCUAUUGAAAUUGUUGUAUCAGAGAGUGGUUGGCCAUCAGCAGGAGGACAAGCAACAUCAAUAGAUAAUGCCAGAACUUACAACAGUAACUUGAUUGAGCAUGUGACAGGGGGAUCAGGAACUCCAAAAAGGCCCCGAAGAAAUAUUGAAACAUACAUUUUUGCUUUGUUUGAUGAAGAUCAAAAGAGUCCAGAAUAUGAGAAGCAUUUUGGACUCUUUCUGCCAAAUAGGCAACCAAAGUACCAGAUCACUUUCUGA